AGUUCACGCCUCUGUAUGUGAGGGAGGCGAGGAGUAGUCGGCCACCGACACCUUUCUAGUCUCAAAACUAAAGGGGCAAAGGACCGCACUUUCUCGGGGACUGUGAACCCGGCCGAGGGCUAGGAGGCGGGAAGAAGCUGUGUGGGCGGGGUCAGGGGUGAGAGGUCAGAGGGCCGCGGCGGGAGGCGGAGCGAGCCGGAGGCGGAUGGCGGCGGCUCCCCAUCUUCAGCGGCUGAGGCGUUGAGAUCGCGACGCGGUCCGGCGCGUCUGGCGGAGCAAGGCGAGCGUCGGGCGCUCCCAACAUGCACAGCCUGGCGACGGCUGCGCCUGUGCCUACUGCACUGGCUCAGGUGGAUAGAGAGAAGAUCUAUCAGUGGAUCAACGAGUUGUCCAGUCCUGAGACAAGAGAAAAUGCUUUGCUGGAGUUGAGUAAAAAACGAGAAUCUGUCCCUGACCUUGCACCCAUGCUGUGGCAUUCAUUUGGUACAAUUGCAGCACUUUUACAGGAAAUUGUAAAUAUUUAUCCAUCUAUCAACCCACCUACCUUGACAGCACACCAGUCUAACAGAGUUUGCAAUGCUCUGGCAUUGCUGCAAUGUGUGGCUUCACACCCAGAAACCAGGUCAGCAUUUCUUGCAGCACACAUCCCACUUUUUUUGUACCCGUUUUUGCACACUGUCAGCAAAACACGUCCAUUUGAAUAUCUUCGGCUCACCAGCCUGGGAGUUAUUGGGGCCCUAGUAAAAACAGAUGAGCAAGAGGUAAUCAACUUUUUGCUGACAACGGAAAUUAUCCCUUUGUGUUUGCGCAUUAUGGAAUCUGGAAGUGAACUCUCUAAAACGGUUGCCACAUUUAUCCUCCAGAAGAUUCUCUUGGAUGACACUGGGUUGGCUUACAUAUGUCAGACUUAUGAGCGUUUCUCCCAUGUUGCCAUGAUCUUGGGUAAAAUGGUCCUGCAGCUGUCCAAAGAGCCUUCUGCCCGUCUGCUGAAGCAUGUAGUAAGAUGUUAUCUUCGUCUCUCAGAUAACCCCAGGGCACGUGAAGCACUCAGGCAGUGCCUCCCUGACCAGCUGAAGGAUACAACCUUCGCCCAGGUGCUAAAAGAUGACACCACCACGAAACGCUGGCUUGCACAACUGGUGAAGAACCUGCAAGAGGGCCAAGUCACCGAUCCCCGGGGUAUCCCCCUGCCCCCUCAGUGAUCCUCCCCUGUUCCCUUCCACUACUCCCCAAGUUGGGGAACGGAGGGACAGCCACGAGGAAAACAGCUCAGGUUUUCUCACCGACCGGUAAUAGACAACCUCAAUGCUGAACCGCACUGGAGAGAGGGGCACAGUCCCCCUGCUGAGGUGUAUGGGCUGCCAUCUCAGGCUGCCUUGAGGACCUGGGCCCCUCUGCUAUGCCCAGGAAAUGGGCUCCUGACAACAGCAGUCUGCUACCACAGCCCCAGGAGGGUGUCAACACCAGCAAAUGCUGUGUUUGCAGCAUGCCCAAGAUGACCCUUCUCCUCACCCCUACCUAGCCACUGGGAGGGAGAGGAGACUGGUGGGAGCAGCGGCACUCUAGGCAUGGUGAAUGCCUGGGACCAAGCCACGGGGCGUUUUAUUUUGCCUUCCUGGAAGACUAGAGAUGUGUCUCUUCAUUCUCUAUUUGUUUACUUUGUUUUUUUUUUUUUUAAUUUUGUUUUGUUUUUAAUCUCAGAGAGGUGUUUUUAAUGGGCAUAAGCUGUAAAAUUCAGCUAAACUUUGUCAAUUGGCACUGUUUACAAGACUGUUAGCUGCAUAAGCUCAAUAAAAGUUGGUCUGGGCAUUACAUCCCCUCUGACAGACCAAUAACUGCAUUGAGCAGUUGUGAGGAGUGGACGGCAGGGGCAAGUUGUAAAGCCAAAUGACAGCAGGCCCCCACCGCCUGCUCCCCUUCCUUCUCUUGCUUCUCCCCCAGGCCUGGAUCCCACGGACCUCACCCUGCUUUCUGGCUUUAGCUGCUAGCUUUUCCAAAUCAGUACUUUUUCUUUUGCCACUUGCUCAUUAGGCCAUCCUGUACUGGGCAAGAGGGGUGGCAGCGGCCCUCACUAUCAAUCCAAGUCUUCAAAGAUGUCUUUUGGGUGACUUUUACAGGGAGGUGCCUGGGAUUUACAGUUAUAGGCAACUUAAUCCCACUCUGUUUGAGUGUGCAUUUCAGUAGCUCCAUCUGUCUUCAUGAUUGUAUUUGCAGCAGUAUUAGCUAAAUGAGUUCAUUUUAUUCAGAUUUAAGAUGGAGGGCUGGACUCUACUCACUCAGUUUGGUCUUUUUUUCUUUUUUUUUUUUUUUUUUUUUUAAUAUAUAUUUGUCUUGUGGUUUUUGUGAACUACAGGGUUGCCACUAAAAUUUUUCACUGGUUCAUGUUGUGCCAGAGAAUUCCCUUUCUUUGGAGCUUUAGGUAGCUCUGGUCACAAUCCACAGGCUUGAACCUGUAACAUAAACUGCCUUGCUGUCCCCCAGUUCUCCUGCUAGUACUUCUCUUUCUUCUCUUCUCUUCUCUUCUCUUCUCUUCUCUUCUCUUCUCUUCUCUUCUCUUCUCUUCUCUUCUCUUCUCUUCUCUUCUCUUCUCUUCUCUUCUCUUCUCUUCUCCUCAUCCCAUCUCCAAAGAUGGGUCGCUAAUCCAGCUCUAGAAAGAGCUAUCCACAUGUCACACAAUUGCAACUGUCUGAACAGUUCUGGGAGAGUGUCCAGCGCAGGCUCAGAAACUGCGGAAGCAGUUUUGCCAACACAAGGGCUCUUUCAAGCCGACACAAAAGGAGCUGGCCCUGUUUGUUGGCUUCUGUCUCUUUAGUGCCAAGAAACCAGUCCUUCAAGAGUCUAGAUGCAGCAAGGGCAGAAUAAGCACUUACUCCCCUGCCUUCCAAAAAUGAAAGCAGGCCAGCUCUCAGCAGCCUGCAGAGGAGGAAUCUAGGCAAAAGGGAAGAAGAGCACAGAUGGACAGCAUAGACAUCCUGACUCCCUUCACCGCAGUCUGUGAUCUGGAGAGUCCAACUAGUGUAACCCUGAUUUUUGAAAGCUAGCUUCUUGCUGCUUUCAUCUGUUUUUCAGAUGAGCCAAAGUUUUCUUGUUCUCCUUCCACUUAGGAAGCAGCUGAGGCCCAGGGCCUUGCUCCCUGAGAAACUCUCUCCAUCUCUCGGUGCAUUGGCCACGUGCCUGUGCCAAUAGUGUCUUAACUCUUGUCCCAUCUAUGCUCAGCUGGCCUCAGAACCUAUGGAUGAAUUGGUGGGGGUGGGAUGGAAUGAGUGUUACUCCUUGUAGUUGACCUUGAUGUUGUAUUAUAUGAAGAAACCCCUCUC